AUGGGCCUGCCGAGCCGCGACCCUAAAUCGCAACGCUUAGAUGCAUCCGCCGCCGCUGCAGCCGCCUGGGACGAUAAUGCCCUGGCUACUAUCCAAGCCAAGCUUCAAUCCAACUCCGCCCCCCUUUCAUCUUCAAUGCAAGACAAUCAUAAUGACUACCACCAACCCAAACGCCAACCCUCUUCCUUGUCCUUCUCCUCCUUCCACCCCCUAAUCCCACAGGAACCGCAGCUCGACUCCCUCACCCUCCUCCUAGGCAUAAGCUGGCAACGCGUCUCGCGCACAGAUGACGCUGACGUCGCCGCCGCCCUCCGCGGUUGGGAGCGGUAUAUCCAAAAUCACUACGCAACCUACAUCUCCCAGGCGGAAAUCCUGCUCAAACAUCGCGGGCUCGGGGCGUUUUUGGUUGCGGCGCAGGUUCCUGCUUCUGCUUCUGCUUCAUCGUCAUCAUCGUCGUCACCGUCGUCGUCUUCCUAUCCUUGGAUGCCAAAUACAGAUACAGAUACAGAUACAACACAUACAGAUGCCAAUGGCACUGCGACUCGCUUCUAUCUCUUCAGCGAAGACCUGGCUGAGGCGCGGCUGGUGGGUAAUGACUGGGACUCUUGCCUGCACAACCUGCGCGAGAUGCCGUUUCGGUAUGAAGAUGGCUCGCCGGUGCUGAGGGCUUCGUCCGCGUUAGCGUCUGCAGUGCCAGCGGCAGAGAGGGCCGUGGGGGAUAAAGGAGUGCUGGUUGGGUGUGGAGAUGGCGCUGUUGAUGCGAUCGGUACGGAUGUGGACAUGGGGAUGGGGAUGGAUAUUGACUGGUAA